CCUUAUGUAUUGUUUGUGACUGUCCAACAGGUGUUUCGUCUGCUCCGGUCGCUGCGGCCGCUGCGGGUCAUCAACCGCGCCCCGGGGCUCAAGCUGGUGGUGCAGACGCUGCUCUCCUCGCUGCGGCCCAUCGGCAACAUCGUGCUCAUCUGCUGCACCUUCUUCAUCAUCUUCGGCAUCCUGGGCGUGCAGCUGUUCAAGGGCGCCUUCCACUACUGCGAGGGCAUCGACCUCAAGGACGUGCGCAACCGGAGCGACUGCGAGUCCCGGUCCGGCAAGUGGUCCAACCGCAAGUACAACUUCGACGACCUGUCCAAGGCGCUCAUGUCGCUGUUCGUGCUGUCGUCGCGCGACGGCUGGGUCAACAUCAUGUACACGGGGCUGGACGCGGUCGGCGUGGACCAGCAGCCCAUCGAGAACUACAGCGAGUGGCGGCUGCUCUACUUCAUCUCCUUCAUCCUGCUGGUCGGCUUCUUUGUGCUCAACAUGUUCGUGGGCGUGGUCGUGGAGAACUUCCACCGCUGCCGCGAGGAGCAGGAGAAGGAGGAGCGCGUCCGCCGCCUGGCAAAGCGCGCCAAGCAAAUGGAGAAGAAGCGACGACGCAUGCACGAGCCGCCUUACUACACGAACUAUGGCCGGGUGCGCCUCCUAGUGCACAACGUGGUCACCUCCAAGUACUUCGACCUGGCCAUCGCCGCCGUCAUCGGCCUCAACGUCAUCACCAUGGCCAUGGAGUACUAUAUGAUGCCCAAGGCACUCUCUUAUGCGCUCAAAAUAUUCAACUACUUCUUCACUGCCGUCUUCAUCCUCGAGUCGACGAUGAAGCUGGUCGCGCUCGGGCUGCGCAUCUACCUCAAGGACCGCUGGAACCAGCUGGAUGUGGGUAUCGUCAUCCUGUCGGUGAUCGGCAUCGUCCUGGAGGAGCUCGAGUCGAAGAUCAUCCCCAUCAACCCGACCAUCAUCCGCGUGAUGCGGGUGCUACGGAUAGCGCGAGUCCUGAAGCUCCUCAAAAUGGCGAAGGGCAUCCGCGCGCUCCUGGACACUGUCAUGCAGGCCCUACCCCAAGUCGGCAACCUUGGACUGCUCUUCUUUUUACUCUUCUUUAUAUUCGCCGCCUUGGGAGUGGAGUUAUUCGGCCGACUGGAAUGCAGUGACGAGCACCCGUGCCAGGGCUUGGGUGAGCACGCGCACUUCGAGAACUUCGGCAUGGCCUUCCUGACGCUGUUCCGCGUGGCCACGGGGGACAACUGGAACGGCAUCAUGAAGGACACGCUGCGCGACGACUGCGACUCGCACGUGGACUGCGUCCGGAACUGCUGCGUGUCGCCCGUCAUCGCCCCCAUCUUCUUCGUCAUCUUCGUCCUCAUGGCGCAGUUCGUGCUCGUCAACGUGGUGG